AUGUUGCAUUACAAUCCUUCAACUCACUCAUUUAUUAUACCUAAGUUGCAAAUUCGAAAUUAUCGUUCGCCAAAUUUUCCGACAUUCUCAUGUCGGUUUGUCCGGGAGAACUAUAAUGGUCUUGUUCUCGAUAAAAAUCGGGAUGACAAAGGGAUGAAAUGGUACCAUGAAAUGAAAUUAGAGGUUCGGGAUUACGAAUGCAAUCGAUAUGGAGUGGUGAAUAAUGCCGUUUAUGCGAAUUAUUGUCAACAUGGUCAAUUUAGAUUAUCUGAAAUGCUUGGCUUAACUGCUGCUGUUGAUGUGGUAGUUCUUAAAGAGUUAUCACUCAAAUACAUUGCACCAUUGAGGAGUGGGGAUAGGUUCUUGCUGUUCGGUUGUACUGUGAUAAUCUCAUUUUCAAGCUGCCAAACUUAG